GGGUCCGGGCGCGGGUCCGGGCGGCGGCGGGGAUGGGCCAUGUGGCGGCGGGGCGCGGCCUGGGCGCGGGGCGCGAGCUGCGCCGUCCUGGGCCCCUCAGCGGGCGGGCCCCGCGCCGCUGUCGCUGCCGGCCAUAAGCAUCUGAUAAAAAAAGAUGCUAGAAAGAGAAUUAUCUGUAUCGAGGGCAACAUUGCGAGUGGAAAAACAACAUGCCUGGAUUAUUUUGCACAAACUACCAGCAUUGAGGUUUUGAAGGAACCCUUGACCAAGUGGAGGAAUGUUCGAGGUCAUAAUAUCCUGGGCUUAAUGUACCAGGAUGCAUCAAGGUGGGGGAUAACUCUGCAGACCUACGUCCAGCUGACCAUGCUGGAGCAGCAUACCAGGCCCAUGAUUUCCCCCAUAAGGAUGAUGGAGCGAUCGAUUCACAGUGCAAAACACAUUUUUGUGGAGAAUCUGUAUCGAAGUGGGAAAAUGCCAGAGGUGGAUUAUGCUGUCCUAAGUGAAUGGUUUGACUGGAUCCAGAACAACAUUGAUGUUUCAGUUGAUCUGAUAGUUUAUUUGCAGACAUCUCCUAAAGUUUGUUAUGAGAGGCUAAAGACACGAUGUAGGGAAGAGGAAAAAGUCAUUCCUCUGGAAUAUUUAGAAGCUAUUCAUGAGCUCUACGAAGAGUGGCUCAUUAAACGUGCACUGUUUGAAAUUUCCUGCCCAAUACUUGUAAUUGGAGCUGACCAUGACAUGCAGAAGAUGGUAGAGAAGUAUGAAGAAAACCGGGACCAAAUACUGAACCCACCUAAUAGACAACACCAUUUAUAGAAGUCUGUGACUGUUGUAUCAAAAAUCAUCUAUGAAGUCUGAUUUGCUAUUUUGAAUAUUUAAAUAUAAUGGGUAUUGUUUUUGUACUAUGCUUUGUAGAAUGUUGUGGACUUAGUGCUCUGGAAUGAUCAGAUACCAAUCAGAAACAGCAUAUGAGCCAAUUCCCUUUGUGUUUUUAGGUUCUCCACCAGCUUUACUGUGUCAGUUCCCUUCAGCUCAAAUAUGGCUGUUUCUCUCAUUUCCCACUUCACUGCUGCUUCCUAGAAGUAACUUCAGUUUCUUUUUUUUUUCCCCAAGACAACCCUGUUUUUGUAAUUUGAAAUAAAUGGUUUGUUACAACGCCCCUCUGAGGGAGGGUAA